UGUGCUCAAGUCAUGCAUCACACACCCAGCACAGGAUAAAAGACUGCUACCCUGGGCUUCUCACCCACAGCCCCCCCUGGAACAGCCUUCUCCUGCCUCCUCUGCAUCCGGCUCACUGCCCUCCUGCCGAGAUGUCCUGCCAGCAGAACCAGCAGCAGUGCCAGCACCCUCCCAAGUGCCCCCCACCCAAGUGCCCCCCAAAGAGCCCUGCACAGUGUUUGCCUCCAGCCUCCUCGGGCUGUGCCCUGCCCUCCGAGGGCGGCUGCUGCCUGGGCCACCACAGGCGCCGCAGGUCAUGGCGAUGCCGGCGCCAGAGCUCCGACUCCUGUGACGGGGACUGUGGUCUGCAGUCUGGGGGCUCUGGCUGUGGCCAGGGCUCUGGGGGCUGCUGCUGACCUGGGCUGCUGAUGCAAUUUCAGAGGAAACAAGAAUCCAAGGGCCAAGGAAAAGCCCCAGCCUGAGGCAACCUUUCCCGGGCACCCCAUUCUCACCUGCCCAGCCUGAGCCAGGGGAUGUCCCCAUGGAGGGUUUGGAGCUCUCUCCAGAGGCUCUUCCUGUCUGACGUCCAGGGUCUCCCAGUUCCCCACCCCCUGCACCCACCGCUGAUGGCAGAGCCUGUGUCUGACCCCGUGAAAAAAUAAAGCUUCUC